CAGAUAAAGAGGGUAGAAUCACUUCAGAGGAACCUCUCUUCAUGGACAAUGUCGACUACUCGCCUCCAUUCACUUGUCGUAAUUCAAGCUCUCCAGGAUUCGCGCGCUUCAUCAGCUGAGCCAGCAAGCAAGUACAUUCACUAUGGCGAGCCCUCAUGCAAAGCUCCUCACCCGCUCCAAGACGCCAUUCGCAGAGGCGCCUUGGCAGCAAGGCCUUCCAAGCCCUUACUACAAGGAGACCCACUAUCGCUUCAGAGAAUGGCUCAAGAAGUGGGUGGACGACAAUCUGAUGGAGCUCGCUGACGAGUGGGAGGAGAUCGAGGAUGACGCCAAGCUGGCGAAGGUCUUUCAGCUCUUCGCGAAGGAGGGCUUCCUGCUACCAUUUGCUCUUGGAGUGCGCGUUCCUCAGAAGUUCGUCGACAUGGCCGGCGGGCAAAAGCUGCCGGGCGGAGUACCCCCUGGCGAAUGGGACAACUUCCAUGACUUUAUCCUGAUCGAUGAGCUGGCACGCACUGCAUCCAAUGGCGUUGUCAUGGGCAACUAUGGUGGUCUAGCAUAUGGUGCAGGGCCUAUUGUGCACUUUGCUUCGGAGGGGCUGCAGAAGCGUCUGUUGCCCGACAUCCUCACUGGCAAGAAGAGAAUCUCGCUUGCCAUCACAGAGCCCAGCGCCGGCAGUGAUGUUGCAGGUGUCAGUACCGUUGCGAAGCUCUCCGAUGAUGGCAAGCAUUAUGUUGUCACGGGACUCAAGAAGUGGAUCACGAACGGCAUCUGGAGUGACUUCUUCACAACGGCAGUGCGCACAUCAGGCAAACCUGGAGAUCAAAAAGGCAUCUCGUUCCUCGUCAUCCCUCGCUCUGAGGGCGUGCGAACGACUAAGAUGAAGAUGCAGAGCGCCGGUUCAGGAACCACCUUCGUCGAAUUCGACGAGGUCAAAGUUCCAGCCGAAAAUCUCAUUGGGAAGGAGGGAGAAGCUUUCAAGUACAUUAUGUGGAACUUCCUGCACGAGCGAGAGACAAUUAUCUAUGUCGCGCUUCGUUUCUGCAGAGUCUGCAUUGAGGACGCUACUAAUCACGCCAACAGGCGGCAAGUAUUCGGCAAAAAACUGAUUGAGCAGCCGGUCGUCCGCUACAAUCUAGCGAACAUGGCACGCCAAACGGAAGCUCUGCAGGCGUGGACGGAAGCAAUCGUGUACCAGCACUCGAAGAUGACCACCAAUCAAGCCAAUAUUCUGCUGGGAGGCAACACAGCACUGCUGAAGGCUCACGCGGCCAUUGUCGUCUCUGACAUCGCACGAGAGGCUGGCUACUUGAUGGGAGGUACAGGUCUGACAAAGGGAGGGAUUGCAGCUCGCAUUGAGCGCAUCUACCGCGAGGUGAACGGGCUUGCAACGCCUGGAGGCAGUGUAGCCGUCAUGCUUGAUGCUGGUGUUCGCCAAGCUAUUAAGACUGUUGGUCUCGAUCCAUCCAAGCUCUGAAGUUGGAGGGUCGCGAUGUGCAUGCCUUUUUUGUAUCCUAAUGUUAAAUCCACGGCCAGGUGCCACAGCAAGCAAGUUGCUCUCGACCAAUGCAUGCGUGCGCUUCUCGUCACAACCAGCUCCCUUGACAUUCUGGACAUCGAGUAGUGAGCAUCAUUGUCGUGCAGUUGGAAGCGCGGCCUGUCAUUUGUGAGCGGUCCAAGGGUUUUCGGUCACGAAUGCCAAAGCGCGGGACUUCAGUGUCG